AUAUAUGUUGUGGGCGUCCCCCGUGCGAGUGGGGGCACUUGAUGGCCGCAGAAAUUGGGCGAACUGCGAGCAAACAUCUAUCGUCGGAGUGCGGUAAAGCGACGUCGCUGUCGAGUCCCGGUAGCGACGUAGGCUUCGAUACUAACCGGGUGAUCGUGGGAACGGAACAGCCGCAGCAGUACCAACAGCAGCAGCAGCAGCAGCAACAACGACAGCAGUUGCAACAAUCGCAUUAUCAGCAACGGCAAUCGCCAUCACCGCCGUCGUCGCCGCAACAGCAGCAGCAACAACAACAGCAGCAGCAGCAGCAGGAGGAGGAGAAGGAGGAUCGAACACCGUCGGCCACGGUACAAGUCAAGAAAGCGGUCGGUAAAACGACGGUGACUCCUCCUAACCGGAAUCGCGUACCGUUCGCGACCGCGCAGCUAGCCGCGGAGAACGAUCAGCAGCAGCAACAGCAGCAGGCGUUGAUCAAGGCGGACAACGUAACCUCGACGGCGGAGGCCGUCACCGAGGUACCCGGCGCCAUCAAGACGACCAUCAACAUCGGCUUCGCGAUGAACCACGUAAACGACCAGGAGAACCUCAAGCAACUCAGUCUCGCACCCGUUCAAGUUAACGAGGUCGAAGAGAUGGACACGCAGGAGGAAACCCCAAAUGAUGGUGGGGGAGACGGAACUGACAACCGUCCUAUAAAUGGUGAACCAGAAUUAGCAUGUAUAGUUCAGGAUCAAGAAAUGGAGGAAGAUGAGGCCAGAUCCGAAGCUACUUUUCGAUAUACUGUUGAAAAUAUAUCUAAGAUGAAGGACUCACAAUUGUCUCCUGCAUGUUACGUUCGCAAUUUACCAUGGAAAAUAAUGGUGAUGCCACGGUCGAGUCAAACACAGGAGAGACAGCCACAAAAAUCUCUUGGAUUUUUCCUUCAGUGUAAUGGAGAGAGUGACUCCACAUCGUGGAGUUGUUACGCUGUUGCUGAGCUGCGUCUUCUUUCUUGUAAAGGACAAGAACCAUUUAGCAGAAAAAUUCAACACCUGUUCUAUAGUAAAGAGAAUGAUUGGGGCUUUAGUCAUUUUAUGACAUGGCAAGAUGUUUUGGAUCCAGACAGAGGUUUCAUAAAAGAUGAUUCAAUUACACUCGAGGUUCAUGUAGUGGCUGAUGCACCUCACGGAGUUAGUUGGGACAGUAAAAAACAUACAGGAUACGUAGGCUUGAAAAAUCAGGGUGCUACAUGUUAUAUGAAUUCUUUAUUGCAAACUCUUUAUUUUACAAAUCAGUUGCGAAAGGCAGUAUACAAAAUGCCAACAGAGAGCGAUGAUUCGAGUAAGAGUGUUGCGCUAGCCUUGCAAAGGGUUUUUCAUGAGUUACAGUUUUCCGACAAGCCUGUCGGUACAAAGAAACUAACUAAAAGCUUUGGUUGGGAGACGCUGGAUUCUUUCAUGCAGCAUGAUGUGCAAGAAUUUCUACGAGUGCUGUUAGACAAAUUAGAGAGCAAAAUGAAAGGAACAUGCGUGGAAGGUACAGUGCCAAAAUUGUUCGAGGGAAAAAUGGUUUCUUUUAUCAAGUGUAAAAACAUAGACUACAAAUCCACAAGAGUUGAAACAUUUUAUGACAUACAGUUAAAUAUAAAGGGCAAAAAGAACAUUUACGAGUCUUUUAGCGAUUAUGUGAGUACAGAAAGCCUCGAUGGUGAUAAUAAGUACGACGCGGGUGAACACGGAUUGCAGGAAGCGGAAAAGGGCGUCAUCUUUUCUUCAUUUCCACCAGUUUUACACUUACACUUAAUGCGCUUUCAAUAUGACCCUGUCACGGAUUGUUCAGUCAAAUUUAACGACAGGUUUGAAUUUUACGAAAAAAUUAGUCUUGGCAAAUACUUGCAAAACAAAGAAACAACAAGUGCUGAUUACACUUUACAUGCUGUUCUGGUUCAUAGUGGUGAUAAUCACGGAGGACAUUAUGUUGUAUUUAUUAAUCCCGCUGGUGAUGGUAAGUGGUGUAAGUUCGACGACGACGUUGUCUCACGAUGUACAAAGCAGGAAGCUAUCGAACACAACUACGGUGGUCAAGACGAGGACAUGUCUAUGGCUGUGAAACAUUGCACUAACGCUUAUAUGUUGGUUUACAUAAGAAAUUCUGAGCUGGAAAAUGUCUUGCAAGAGGUCAAGGAAGAGGAUAUACCUCAAGAGCUGGUGGAGAGGCUGCAAGAGGAGAAGAGGCUGGAACAAAUAAGAAGAAAGGAGAGAACGGAAGCAUACUUGUACAUGACCGUCAAUGUCCUUCUCGAGGAUAGCUUUGACGGUCACCAAGGGAAUGAUCUCUACGACCCAGAGCACACUUUAUAUCGUGUUUUUCGCGUACGUAAGCAGGCGACUGUGCACGAGUUUCUCGAGCUACUGAGCGAUAGUCUGAAAUAUCCUAUAGAACAGAUUCGCAUUUGGCCCUUCAGUACACGUUCAAAUCAAACCUGUAGACCUACGCUAAUCGAACCAGAUGCUGAUCUUCAAAAGCCCAUCAUCGACUGUGCGGAAAAUCACAACCCGUGGAACGUAUUUGUUGAACUUGUACCUCCAGAUUCUGACAUGACAGCGUUACCGCCUUUCGAUAAGGACACCGAUGUUUUGCUCUUUUUUAAACUCUACGAUCCAAAAAAUAAGAAAAUUCAUUACUGCGGUCAUCAUUAUAUGCCUGUCGUAGCUAAAGUCCAGGAGCUCAUACCAAUUUUAAACGAACGCGCCGGAUUCCCACCAGAUACAGAGCUUGCUUUAUAUGAGGAAAUUAAACCAAAUUUAGUUGAGAAAAUAGAUAAUCUAUCGGAGCCUUUGGAAAAAGUUUUGGAAGAAUUAAUGGAUGGUGACAUCAUUGUAUUUCAAAAGGAAGGAGACAAUGAAAUGUAUGAACUCCCAACGUGUCGAGAAUAUUUCAAAGAUCUAUUCUAUAGGGUGGAAGUAACAUUUUGUGAUAAAUUGAUUCCGAACGAUCCAGGUUUUACAAUGGAACUUUCGUUAAGAAUGACAUAUGAUCAAAUGGCAAAAGCUGUAGCGCAACGAGUCGGCACCGAUCCAUACCUUUUACAAUUCUUUAAAUGUCAAAAUUACAAAGAUUCUCCUGGCCAUCCUUUAAAGUGUACAUUCGACGGUACGCUUAAGGAAUUGGUUGCGUAUUGCAAAACGAAAGUAAAGAAGUUAUUUUAUCAACAGCUCAGUAUUAGAGUGAACGAGCUAGAAAACAAGAAACAGUUCAAAUGCAUAUGGGUAGGACCAUCGCUUAAAGAGGAGAAGGAGAUGAUUCUUUAUCCAAAUAAAAACGGCACCGUUGCUAAUUUACUUGAGGAGGCUAAGAAGCAGGUAGAACUGUCGGAAAAUGGAUCGGGAAAACUGAGGAUAUUAGAAAUGACUUGCAACAAAUUGUCACCCGGCCCCGGGGACGACACACCCUUAGAUCACUUAAACACAUCAGGCACCAAGUUGUAUAGGAUAGAAGAAAUACCAGUUGAUGAAGUGAAUCUAGCGGAGGGCGAAAUGCUAGUUCCUGUUGCGCAUUUUCACAAAGAGGUUUUCUCAACGUUUGGUAUACCCUUCUUCUUCAAGAUCAAGCAUGGUGAACCUUUUCCCAAGAUGAAGGACAGGUUGUUAAAAAAAUUAGGAGUUCAGGAGAAAGAAUUUGAAAAGUUCGCGGUGGUGACUAUGGGCAAGCCACAAUUCAUUAUCGACUCGCCGGACUCUUGUAUCAAACUCGAGGAUUUCCUUCCCAGAUUCACCGGUCAGAUCUAUCCAUUUUUAAACGCAGGCACAUCACCACACAGGCCUUGGCUUGGCCUGGAACAUGUCAACAAAGCGCCAAAGCGCUCUCGUAUCAACUACCUCGAAAAGGCCAUUAAGAUUUACAAUUAAAUUUCCACCACAUUGAAGAAAUUAAAUUAGGCAGCCACUCAUAAUAAUUUAUACAAUUCUGUAUAGUAAGAGAACGACGUCUGAUAUAUUGAAGGUUGGAAAAAUGCGUUCAUAUAUUCGUUUCUUCAGCCAGAUUAAAUACGCGAUUUUAAUAUUGCAAGACCGACAUCGGAAGGUAGAGCCGCAUGUUUGGUAUACGAUGGAUUAAGAGACUAUCGUGAAGUGUGCAGUGCUAUUUUAUGCAUCAUGGAAGAGCGACGAUAUAGUUCCUCUAUUCGAAUUUGUAAAGAUUUUACGUAAUGGCCCGAUAGCUUAUUUUGGCGUCACUCAGUACGGAUUUUCGCCUAGACUCCGAAAACAUUUGAUUACAAAAUGCACGUAUAUUGUAUCUAAUAUUAUUGUCUGAUAUAAUUAUCUCUAAUAAACUAUUUCUUUCUUUUUUUUUAAUUUUAUUAGGAAACUGAGACUUAAAAAUUCCGGCUCAUACCCUAUCGUAUAUAGAAGUUGUAUGUAAUCCGUACAUCUCUUAAGAGAUACCGUAUUAUGUUAUGCAUGAUGUAAUCAUUAGUGUGACACAUUAACAAAGAAUCGCUCCUCUUUUAUAUCGUAUUUGCAAGAUGUUUGAAAUGUAGAUUUGUUAUUAAAAAAAGGAACAAUUCAAAGACAAGUUUUUUAAUUUACAUUUAAAAUCAACAGAAUAUUUUAUUCAAAUUUUAAUAUGGAAUGAGUUUAUUUAAUUGAAGUGAACAAGGUUCUAUUAAAUUUCUUUGUGUUUUCAAACAAAGCAUAUUUAAUUAUACUAUUUUAUUUUACAUUAUGCUAUAAAAAUGAAAAAGAAAAUUUCUAAGUUGCCUUUCAAACAUCCUGAAAUAUUUUUCUUGUGUUUAUUUUCAUGUUACUUUCUAUGUAUUAUUACCGAAAUCGUGAAAUUUCACAAGUAUUAAAGCAUGAAGUAAGAGAUCGGCGAAACGAGUGACGCUUAAUCUAGAUGGAAUUUUUGGCGAAUUGCAAACGCUUAUUGUUACAAUAGGAUAUUCGCGGCUUUUUUUUCUUUUAUAUUUUAAAACAAGGGAUAAGCAAAACAACCGCCCCGCUUUUAUAAGAAGCGAUAUAAGACGUAACGAAUCAAUUAAGAAGUCAUCAUAAUGUUCUCCCUAUUUGAUCCAUAAGUUAACGAUUUGUAUUUAUAAUUUAUAAUAAAACGGCAAGUAGUCUCGCGCGAGAUGUCACAAGUAAGGUAAUCUACGCCUUGCGCAAGAUCUGUCGCGCUUGCGCAUCCUUAUCGUUUUCUACACUUUGCUGUGAUCAAUUCAACUUAAUCAACAUGUAUUUAAAUAUCAUGCCGGCUUUCGAAUAUUUGAAAUAGUAUGAUUGUAAAUGCCAAGGAAGAUGUUUGCUUUCUACGUUUUUUUAUUUAAUAAAUUUUUUUUAGUUGAGGAACUUUUUACUAUGAUCGUAAAAUUUUGGUAAGAUUUGUCAAGCUCGUAAGCUUAAAUAUAUAAUCGGAUUAAAUAAAUGUUUAAAAUUAUCGAAUUACAGAAAACGUCAUAAUAGAAUCGUUUCAAAGGUAUAUGAAAAUAAAGUUUGCAGUGCGAGAAAAUGAUAUACAUAUUAUAUACAUAUUUGAAAUAUAUGCUAAAGUUCUAACGGAUUUGCGCUGCAAUUCAUCGAGAGUCAUGACGCUUUGCAUAUAUCUGAUCGAUUAAUGCAACUGGGAGGAACCUAUGCAACAGUGGAAGAAGACUGGACGUAUAAGUUAAGCGACAGCGUGUCACGCACGCAAAAUAUUUUGUAAAAAAGGGAAAAGAAACUAAAUAUGAUUGUACAGAUUGUUCGAUGGCAUAUAAUCGUAAUCCUAAAAAAUAUCGUAUAUUUAAAGAAAGCUUUUCCAAAUUACAGUUCUCUGUGGAUGUCGAGUGUUUUUUUGCUACAUAUAUAUAUAAAAUUACGUUUAUUUGAAUUUAUUCAGAAUAAUUUAUCGGAAUGCUUGUUAGUGUGUCGUCGGGAUGGAUGUGAGAGAAGAAGAGAGAGAGAGAGAGAGAAGUGCGUGUGUGUGUGCAUGCGUGCGUGCGUGUGUGCGUGCGUGCGUGUGAGUGCGCGUGUAUGUGUGCGUGCGUGCGCGUGUGUGUGUGCGUGUGUGUGUGUGUGCGUGUGUGUGUGUGUGUGUGUGUGUGUGUCAUAAAUUUAAAAUCGAGUUGUAAGAAAGCAUUACAGAUCUGAUUAUUGAGGAAAUAUUUCCCACGAACACAAUCGAGAUAUAAGUAUCUUUGUAUUGCCUAAAGAUUAGUGUUCGCAGCAUCGUUACAUUAUAACCGCAUAUGUUCCUGACUGCAUUUUUUUCUUUAGCGCUAUCCUUUUUAGGUGAACAUGGGGAAAGAGAUUGAUCAUUUUACAAAGGGUCUGUCUCAAAUCGCAACUGUGGCAAAACUGGCAAAUACGCUAACGAUAGAUCUCUUGUGGUAGAAGUGAUGGUAACAAUAUCCGCAAGAGAGAAAAAAAUGAGGCAGAAUUGUUGCAAACACUUAACGUAGCAAAUCACGAUGAAAAUACGAAUCACAUUUUAUUGUUUAUAUACAUAUAUAAUAUUAUAUAUAUAUAAAUAUACAUAUACAUAUAUGUAUAUUUCGUUGUUAGGUUCCUCGGAGAUUAUACUAACGGCAAUCCUGAAGUCAAAGCUGGCACGAGAUGACCGUUAAAGACAAAAAGAUACACCUUUUUUUGCAAAAGAGAAAAAAAAGAAGUAGAUCUAUUUGAGACGAGGCCGCGCUUAAGUUUAUUAGUUAUAUUGUCGACAUCAUCGACGACGCGCAAUUGUAACGAGCGACACGCGAGGGAGAGAACAAGCCGGAAUAUCCGGUACACGAUCGCUAUAUAAUAAUAGGUUGUACAUCAGAUACUUUUGCGUUUUUGUAGAGCUGAUCCUACAAAGAAAACUGCUCAACACACUGCGAUUGUAAAUCUGAAUAUUUGAUAGUUCAUUUCUAGGGAGGCGAAACAAUUUUAAGUGCGAUGCAGAUAUGCGUAAAAGAAGAAUGAUAAUAAAAGCAAUACAACUGGA